AUGUCACAACAACAACAGCAACAAAAUUGUAUCAGACUAAUCGUGGCUGGAGUUGGUGGUGUCGGCAAAAGCGCUCUCACACUUUACUUUAUGUACGAGGAAUUCGUCGAGGACUACGAACCCACGCGAGCGGAUUCUUAUUGCAAAAAGAUAUCAUUUGGAUCCGAGGAUAUUCAAUUACACAUCCUCGAUACCGCCGGACAAGAGGAUUAUGCAGGCAUUCGAGACACGUUCUAUCGAAACAGCGAGGGAUUUCUUCUCCUCUUCGAUGUUACCGAUAGGCAAUCGUUCACCUCUUUGGGGGAAUUCGUGGAGCAUAUUCUUCGUGUGAAACACACGGACAACGUGCCGAUGCUGAUUUGUGGUAACAAAGUGGACCUUGUGGAGAGCAGAAAGGUUUCACCAGAGGAAGCAGAAGAGUUUUGUCGCAAGUGCAACGUUCCCUACCUCGAAACCUCUGCCAAAACCAACAAAAAUGUCAAAAAUGCCUUCCUCACCCUCGCCCGGGAAGUGUACCAGCGUAAACUGGCCCAGCGACAGCAGCACCAGCCUGGACAACCCACGAAACAAGGUCGCAAAAGGAAACGAUGCAAUAUUUUGUAA